UAUAGUACUUGAUUAAUAAGAAACUCAAAAGUGCUAUCAAGACAAAGUACUUUCUAACAAGUAACUCUUAAAAAUUAUAUCAAAUGAAUAUCUUUAAAAGAUAAACUAGGAUUCAAUAUAUAAAAGUUUAUUAUAAGGAAUACCUUAAUAUAUAAGAAAAGAUGUUUGGUUAAUACUAUCUAAUGUUAAUUAAUAAAAAUAAAAAUACAAAGCAUUUUUCAAUUAUAAAGAAAUGUCAAAUAAAGAGUGUGAAUUAGAUAAUAUAAUAAAAAAAGAUUUAAAUCGUACAUAUAAUGAGUACACAUAAAUUUUUGAUACAAACAAUAAAGAAAAUAUUAUUGAUGAAUAAAAUAGACUUUAAAGAAUACUAAGAGCAUAUUCCCAUUUUGAUAAAGAAGUAGGAUAUACAGGAGGUAUGAAUUUUAUAGUUAUUAGUUUACUUUUGAACUUAAACCCUUAAAAUGACCGAGAAGUAGAAAUAAUAGAUAAUUCAUUUGAAGAAAAUGUAUUUUGGAUUUUCGUACAUAUCAUGUUAUAAAAAAACUGGAGACUAUUGUUUUUAGAUGGAACUCCUGGUAUAUUCUAAAUUUUAGAUAAAUUUGAUAUAAAAUUAUAAUAAGAAUUACCUUAAAUAAGGUAAAAAAUUAUUGAUUGUGGUUUGAGUGUUUAUAUUUGUUUUCCUUAAUAUUUUUUCACGAUUUUGUUGUAUAAUUCGCCUAAAAAUUUUCAAAAAAGAGUUAUUGAUUUGUUCUUGUUUAAAGGUGAAGAAGCUUUAAUGUAAAUUAUUAUAAAUAUGCUUAAUUUUUGCUAAGAUAUAAUCCUUAAAAUAGAAGAUACAGAAGAUAUUAUGUAGUUUUUAAGAAAAGGUAUUAUGAUUAAAUGCUAAAAUAUACUUAAAUUUGAAUAAGAUGAGGAAUAGUAUUUAGUUUGUUGAAUUUAAAUAAUAUAAUCCUUUAUGUUAGGUUUUCAUAUUAUUUAAGCUAAUUAAUUUAUUAUUAAAAAAUUAUAUUUAAAAAUAUUUAAAGAUAAAAAAAUUAUUAAUUUAAUAUUUAUUUUAUUAUUAUAUUUUUUUUAAAGAUUUGUUUAUUU